AAGGUACCCCUCUACUAGAGGAAGCAUUCCCCUUGCCCCUCGCCCCUCGCCCCUCUUCCCUCUCCCCCUUUCCCCCUCUCCCCCUCCUCUGCUGACUGUUUGCCAAGGUAUUAACAGUGUCAUUUGUGGUGAUGAUUCGCCACCAGCUCCAGAAUGGCGGUCUCUGUUCAAGGGGAGGUGCAGUGUACGUUGCUUCAGCUGCUGCACCCCUGGCCGAUGGGGUCGUUGCUCCUGAUUGCUCAGCCAAUUGUGUCACCUUCAAGGAACUUGUGUUUGUCAACAACAGUGCUUGUGAUGGUGGCGCAGUGUUUCUAGGCGACGGACCUGAAGUUUCAGAUGCAGGUUGUGGGGGAGCCAAAGGUGAUUUCAUCGGCGUUCAAUUUACCAGCAAUUAUGCCAAGAUACGUAAGGGAUGCACUGCGUGGCGUGGUGGUUUCAUGACGAAGACAAACGACCUCAUUCCUGAUGAGGACGAGGGGCUGGAGGAGGAUGUGGUCAACAAGAUUGUGCAGCUUCUUCUGACUGAGAUCGCGCUCAAGCGUGAUGGUCGGAUGGCAGGGAUUGUGGAAUGGGAGGCUAAUCUCAACCCGCCUUUGCAGGGCAGAGCGAUGAAGGGGAGAGGAGGAACUGCUGACGUAGCAAUCCUAUCAAGAGCGACGCCAUCAGCACAAGCACGUGAUCAUGCCAUCCCAAUCUCGCUAGGAAGUAGCAGAGACGACGGCGCCGGUGAUUGCGCACAAAUACGUAAGGGAUGCACUGCGUGGCGUGGUGGUUUCAUGACGAAGACAAACGACCUCAUUCCUGAUGAGGACGAGGGGCUGGAGGAGGAUGUGGUCAACAAGAUUGUGCAGCUUCUUCUGACUGAGAUCGCGCUCAAGCGUGAUGGUCGGAUGGCAGGGAUUGUGGAAUGGGAGGCUAAUCUCAACCCGCCUUUGCAGGCUCAAAGGGCAAUGAGUGAGAAGGAGAAACGGGAUUUUGAGAAAGGACGAGGGGGGGCGUCAAUGAGCCAUUCAGGGCAGAUGCCAUCGCAGUCAGGUACGAACUCAAUGACGGAAUCUGCAAAGUCACGAACCUUGGGGCAAAAGGCAAUGGAAUUCCUGCUGGAGAAAUCUCAGAUCAAGGCGGAGAUCAAAGUGACAAAGGAAGUAAUCAAGGGGGAGGGAGGAAAGGACGAGGAAGUGGAUGUUUGGGAAUACCCAGAGGAGGACAUCCAGUCCUUGAAUGAUCUGUACGAGAAGCAUGCGGUGCUGUUCAACUUUUCAGGACGAAGCAGGGAGCUAUCUCUGAACGAAAAGAGAAGAUGGGUGAUGGAUAGGCUAACAACCAUGGAAGACGUCCGAGGGAAGGAACCAGAGGUGGUGGAGACCAUCCCCUAUGGGUUGCUGGGGGGACAACUAGGCGCGGAAUGGGUGGCGAGGUGCACAGCGGUCGCUGUGAAGACGGAGGCUUUCGCUUGGAAGCCAGAAUUCUUCGAGAAGAGGAGAAAUGGAGGAGCUGUUGCAGUGGUUCAGCUCAGCUCCAAGGUGAAGGCCCAUUUCCAAGGCUCCCAGUUCAAAUGGAACACUGCUAGGGCAUCUGGAGGUGCUAUCUGGUUGGGAGAUGUUGAUGGAGCCUUAAGCAAGAAAACAGCUCAAGGCAUCAUUCAUUCAUCCAGUUUUGAUGGGAACAUUGCAUACAAGAGUGGCAGUGCGGUGGCGAUAACGACAAAGUCCUCAAAGGUGAAGAUCUCCAAGGCGACGUUCGCGAACAGCGCUUCCGCAGUUCCCUUGGCUGGGCAGGUUGCGAGUGUGGACGAGGGAGUGCCUCCUGGGAUGGCAGCAGAAUAUGUCCUCUGCAAUGGUGAAUGUACCUUCUGUCCUGACCUUCCUCCUACGGUUAGUACUCCUGUCUAAGCCAUCCCUAGCGACUCUUCCUCUUCCUUUUUUCUUAAGUUAAGGGUAUGUUAAAUAAGACCAUC